GUUUAAUCGUCGGAUAGUUGGUCGCUGUGCUGAAAAUAUUCCAGAACCUCUUCCUGACCUACGCUCCUAAGCACAGAUCUAGGAUCAGCUCAUCCUCAUCAAAUCCAAACCAGGACGUUUAGAAUUCACAAGGGGAACACUGACCUCAGACCAGCGUUUAAACCCCACGUCUUCCUGCCUAGACACUGACUCUCUGUCCAGAGUUCCUCUGUGCUCCAGCCGUAUAUCCAUCCAUCCAUCCAUCCACACCCCAGCCAUCCAGCCAUGGGUCUGAUGAGCGAGGACAUGGAGUGCUGCGUCUGCCUCCAGCCCUACUCUCGUAGGGAGAAGAUCCCUCGGAUGCUCCACUGUAAGCACACAUUCUGUGGGCUGUGCUUGCAGGCGAUGUCCAGGCUCCAGAGCGGCCUACCGACAGUAUGCUGCCCCCUGUGCCGUUGGAUCACCUGCACCGUGCCCAGCCUCACCCUGUCGGGUUCGCUGUGGGUUAACACUGAGAUCUGGGACCAGAUACUAGACACACAACAGGAAGAGGAGGAGGAGGUAGAGGAAGGAGAGUGGAAGGAAGCUAACAGACAGAAACAGACCACUCCACAGUACACAUGGUCUCCAUCAAGGCAUUGUGACCUGAGGCUCAAACUAAAGAAUUUCCUGAGGAGGAUGAAGCACAAUGUACUGUAAACCGAGAAGAAGAAGAGCAGAGAAAAAGAAGACUGGAUUUGACCAUUUCAGAGUAGGAGAUACUCAUUGAGUAAUGAAGCUA